CCAGCAACAAAUAUCAACUCCUAUCAACUUAUACGGAUCUCGUUCCUGCCGAAUUUUGCGCCACAGCGUUGUGCCGUGCCACCUAUUGCGAAGUUCAAGCGGUAGCAGAUCUUAGCAUCCACAAGUAGGAGGUGAGGCGGACUCUAGCACGCAUCCAGCCUUUUCUUCUUCUUCGUUUUCCUCCUCCUCUUCUUCUUUUUCCUCUUCUUCCUCCUCUUCUUCUUCUUCCUCUUCGUCUUCUAGUUUGUUCGUUCCACAGUAAGCGACGGCGACAUCAGGGCACGCCCAGUCGCUGCGUCAGCCGACGCUGCCUUUCCUUCCUCUGCCGCUUUUUAUGGAAAGAGAUGGGCGCGGCUCGCGCGGUGGAGAAAGUGUAUCCUUUGUAGCCUCCGCGAUGCCUCUUAGCUUGGGAGAUAAUAGUUCGCGCUUACCGGAGCACCAGCAGCAGCAGCAGCAGCAUGUCGCAACGCUCGUCCCUCACAACGAUCAAGGCGACGUGGCUGCUACCCGUUCGUCACCGCAGCAUGCUGCGUAUUCCCCGGGGCGCCCGCCUUCCGCGAACGUUCCGAGCCCCCGUCGGCAGCCAUUGGCGGAGGGCUCUCAGCGGGGAUACUCGACCGUCGACCACGGCCACGACAGCCACCACUCGUCGCAGCGCCACCAGCCGUCGCAUGCACCGUCGCACCAGUCGCACAAGCAUCACAGCGGGAUCGCCCACUCGCACCUCGACACCUCCCGCCACUCGGACGAUGCGCAACCUUCCGCGCACCACGACUCCGCGCCUGCCGGCCAUCCGCUGCCCUUCUUCUUUCCCAUGCGCCCCUCCGCGCGCGCUUCCUCCCCGCCUGAGGGGGGACCGAGGGGAAGAGACGGAGGCGCGGAGGGGACGGGGCAUGGGGGGGGAAGCGGGGGUAGAGGGGAGGAGAUGGGUGGAGGUGGGGGGGCAAGGGAAGCAGAGUGCGAAGAGCUGGGGGGCGGAAGCGGUGUGAGUGUGGAGAGGGGGUUCGCGUGCACCAGGCAAGAGGAGGGGAACCGCAACGACGUAGACAGGAGCGGUGGUGGUGAUGCUGCUGCUGCUGCUGCUGCUGGGGGCGAGAAGGACAGCAGAGCUCGUCACCAGCAGCAGCAUGGCACCAGCGGCGCCGCCAACAGUGCUGCGGCCGCCGCCAGCAGCAGCCCUGCUUCUGCUGCCCGUGCUGCAACCAGCAACCGCCCUGCGUCGCCCUUUGCACCUCCCGCGCCCCAUGUCUCUGCCCUUACCCCCGCCUCUGCGUCUGCCCCUGCCUGUGCUGGCCCGGGCAUGCUCGAUAUGUCCCUGGGUCUCUCCUCCUCCUCGCCCUCCCUGCUCCGCUUCCCCACUGCUGCUAACGCUAGUACUGCUAGUAAUGCGGCUCAUGGUGCUCAUGGUGCUAAUGCUGCCGGUGCAGGAAGUGCGGUCGGUGGAAGCGGCGACUCCCCACGCUCGUCCGCCUUUCCGUUCUCGACACUCCCUUGGGCCAGACAGCCGCCACAACAGCAACACCAGCAGCACCAGCAACACGAGCAGCAACACGAGCAACACCAGCAUCACCAGCACCAGCAACACCAGCAGCACCAGCAGCACCAGCAGCACCAGCAGCAGUCGCAGUACCCGCAGCAGCAUCAGCAGCAACAGCAGCAGGAGGAGAGGACGGCACAUGGAAUCGCGGGCGACGAUGGCGCAUUGCAACAUCAGCAGCAGACUGAAGGGAGCCGCGGCGGUGUGAGAGCGUGGGGCAGGGGAGCGCCGGAGGGGACAGUUGGAGCAGGGGACGGAGGCAGUGGCGUUGUGACUGUAAUGGGUCGGGCUAGUAACGAGGCUGGACAUGGGCGGAGCAGUACUGACGUCGCCGCUCUGCACUACCCCUCCUCCUCCCAACGGCACUCCCCACCACCCAAUUACACCUCUCCCUCUGCUGCUCCUACUUCGCAGCACCAGCAGCACCAGCAGCACCAGCAGCAGCAGCAGCAGCAGCAGCAGCAGCAGCAGCAGCAGCAGCAGGGCCCUCCCCAGCCCCUCCCCCCACCCCACUCCGCGGCGCUCUCGGCCCCUUCGGUUCUGCCCUCGCCCCUCGCGGUGCUGCCCGGCACGAGCCUGAGCUCCAAGGCGCGGCGCUUUGUGCGGCGGGACGACCUCAUCUGGGGCGCCUUCUUCUUCUUCACACAUUACUACCGCCCCGCGCUCAACGACAAGGCCAAGGCGCGGCUAGCGGGGCGGGAGUGGGUGGGCGCGGUGGAGAAGGCGGACCUGCGGCUGGAGGAGUUCAUGGUGCAGCACGACAUGGAGAACUGCUACAUGUGGGCCUUCCGCGUCAGGCCGCACAACGCGCUGGGGAAGAUGCAGCUGCGCUCCUACAUGAACGGCCACUCCAGGUUUGGCGAGCCGCAGUUUCCCUUCAGCGCGGAGAAGGGCUUUGUGCGGUCGCACCGCAUGCAGCGCAAGCGGUACAAGGGGCUGUCGAACCCGCAGUGCAUCCACGGCGUGCAGUUCCUGCGCACGCCCGACCUCUCCUGCGUGCCGCCGCACGAGAGGCAGCGCUGGAUCGACCUCACAGGCCGUGAGUGGGGCUUUGUCCUGACCAAUGAAGCGGACGAGUUCAGCGAUUGGCGCAUCUCCUCACUCUCGCAGGACACUGCUGCCACCGCUGCUGCUGCUACUACUGCUGCUGCUGCGGCUGUUGGUGUGUCGACAGCAGAGCAGGAAGACUCGCAGUCACACCAGUCACUGUCUGACAUCAAGACCACAGGAACCACUUCUCUCCUAGGGAAACGGUGGCAGCACGAGCAGCAACAACAGCAGCAGCACCAGCAGGAGCAUCGACAGCAGCAGCGGCCCCCAAUCACCCCUCCACCUCGCACGGAUUCUCCGGCUCCUUACCCGUCCAAUAGUGUGCCUGUUGCUGUUUCUGGACCGCUGUGGGCGGCAGAGGGAGUGGGAGGGGGGCGAGGAGGAGAGGGAGGAGGGGGAAGGGAGGCCCAGCUUUUGAAUAGAGUGGACAGGGAAGACGGGGGGUUGGAGGGUAGGGGGAGGGGGGGGAGAGCAGAGGAUGGGGGCACCGCAAGGGGGACGAGACUUGGUGUCUUUCCCGACGCUCCUCCGACCACCACUCUCAGCUUGGCGGAUUCCGUGGGUGAAGGGAGGGAGGAGUGGAGGGGAGGGGGAGGGGGAGGGAGGGUGAGGGUAGGGGAGGAGGAGGAGAGGGUGCCUAUAGGGAGAAUGAGUAAGAGGAGUCGAGGGGGGAUGGAUGGGGAGCUGAUGGCCGCGCGAGACGGAAGUGGGAGCAGCGGGGGUGGGAGAGGCGAAAGGGCCGGGGGGGGAGAGGGGCAGGCGGAGGAGCAGGGGGCGGCGGAGGGGAGGGAGGAGCUGGUGGAGGCGUCCAAGGACGGGUCGCAGCAGGAGCAGUCGGAGGAGCAGAUCGUGCAGCCGCCCUACUGGCUCUCCGAGUGCUACGGCGUGCUCACGCAGGUGUCGGGCCCGGUGACGUGUGCCAAGACCGUGUACGAGGACUCCACGUCAUUCCUCAUCCUUGUCAGCCUGCCCUUUGCUGACCUGUCCAAGCUCCGAGUGACGUGGCGCAACUCCCUUUCACACGGCAUUGUCAAGGUGCAGUGCUCUUCCUCCAUGCGGCAGCCCAUGCUAACCCGUUGGGACCGCUCCUUCCGCCUCACGGACCCGCACCCCGAGCACUGCCCGCCAGGGGAGUUUGUGCGCGAGAUUGUGCUGCCAGCGCGCAUCCCCGACAGCGCGGACGUGAAGGCCUUCUUCUCGGACAGCGGUGGAGGGGUGGAGAUCUUGGUGCCCAAGGUGGUGCCCAUGGGGCAGUACCAUGAGAGGGAGGUGCGCGUGUUUCUCCCGCCCAAGGCUGCCAGCUAGAGAUGGUGCUGCCAGCCCAGAUGCCAGACAGCGUGGACGUGAAGGCCUUCUUCUCGGAUAGCGGAGGGUUGUGGGGGGUGGGGGAGAGAUCUUGGUGCCCAAGGUGGUGCCCGUGGGGCCGUACCACGAGAGGGAGGUACCGGUACGCGUGUUCCUGCCUCCCCAGGGUGCCAGCUAGGGCGUGCGAUCGUGAAUAGCGCCUUCUAAGGCUGCGAGCUUGCGAUCUAGAGGAGAUGGGAGGAGUGAGGAGAACAUGGGUAGGGGUGAGGAGGAGUGAAGCAGAGAAGAGUGGUGUCUACGGAGUGGUUCCUUGGUAUUCCAGUGGGGCUGCACCAGUUUUCCUGUCAGCAAGAGUGAUGUAGGGUGUAAGAUUCUAUAAGCACGCGCCGUGUCUGGCUGGCUGCAGUGCUGCCUCGUACACCCCUGGCUGCUGGGGCCUGCAGGGAUUGAGCACUGCUGCCAGCCACAUGAUCCGCUCUGCUCCCCAUUUUUCCCCCCGAUAGCAACUGACCGAACCGAACGGGACAACUCUAACCAGGCACUGUUUUGGUUACAAUAAUGGGUCUGAUGAGUUGUGUGUUUGUAGCGUAUAUGAAGCUAGUGGCGGUUUCAUUAGCCACAGCUGCAUCCUUUUGAUUUAGUAU